AUGCGCCCCUUGCGGUAUGUCGGCAUCCUGAGUGCCCUGGCCAGGAUUGCGAUUGCCGACGACCAAACCGAAUGCAACCCAUUGAACAAUACAUGUCCCGCCGACCCGGCGUUGGGCACGGAGCACACCUGGUGGUUUAACUCCACACUGGAUGAGAAGCUGUGGAAUAUGACCACCGGGGUCCCGACAUAUACUUCGGAAGGGGCGGAGUUUUCGAUCAAGACCGAAAAUGGGUCGACUUUGUUACAGUCCAACUUCUACAUUUUCUUCGGGGUCAUGGAGGCGCACGUCAAGAUGGCUAAGGGCGCCGGCAUCAUCAGCAGUGUGAUUCUCCAGUCGGACGACUUGGACGAGAUCGAUUGGGAGUGGGUUGGAUACAACACCAGUUCGGUGCAAUCCGACUUCUUUGGCAAGGGUAAUACGACCACGAGUGACCGCGGCGGGUUCCAUGCUGUGGCCAACGCCGAUACCGAGUUCCACAACUACACCUCGUACUGGGACAAGGACCGCCUGGAAUGGUGGAUUGAUAACGAAUUGGUGCGCACGGUCAACUACUCGGAACCCCUGACCGUCUACGGCAAGAACUAUCCACAAACCCCCUGUCGAGUCAAAGUAAGCAAUUGGCCGGUGGGAAUUGCCUCCCAGUCGAUUGGAAAUAUCGAGUGGGGCGGCGGUCUGGUGAACUGGACCAAUCUCCCCUUCACAAUGACGGUGCAGCGGAUUCGCGUCCAGGACUUUCACUCGGGUAAAGAGUAUACAUAUUCGGGACACUCGGGCUCAUACGACAGUAUCAAUGUCGUCAGCGGCAACUCAACCGCCAAAACGGAGAUCAACAAGAAGCCGACCAAGACCCUGGCUCAAAAAUGGGAUGACUUGGGCAAGGCGGCCCAUAUCGGCGUGUACUGCGGGGCUGCUGCUGCUGGAGUGCUUAUCGUGGCCGCAUUCGCAAUGUGGUGCGUCCGGCAACGUCGAAAAGGUCGCCUCGAGCGCGGCCUCGCCGAAGGUCCGCCGACUACGUCAAAGCCAAUCGAGAUGGAAGACUACAAGAAACGAUGGAGACAAAGCGACUGGGCGCAUCGUGGCUAUCAAGCCGUGGAUCAAUAG